AUAUUCAGUGAAUAUGGUCCUCCAAAAAUUCUUCAUACUGAUAAUGGUGAAGAAUUUAUUGCUGAUAUUAUUAAUCAGCUUUUAAAGGAAUGUCCUACAAUGAAAAUUAUUCAUGGUCAUUCUCAUCAUUCUCAAUCACAAGGAUCAAUUGAACGUGGAAAUCAAGAACUUAAAAAAAAAUUUGGGCAUGAAUGA